UGCUUUCAGCAGCGUGUAUGACCAGUUGUCUAGUGAUACAGUCACUGCCCUGUCUGAUAAGAUGUUGAAAUACCUAAACUACAAUUAUGAUGGCUCCACGGAUGUCUGCCCCAGUUUAUAUACUGACAGUACAGAUUACAUCGUCAACGUUUUCAUGAAUUUCUCCAACUCUGUACCAUUCAACGAAUUUAAAAUGUUUAACGCCAAAUUCAAUGCGUAUGACGCCUUGGGUUCUUUGUCUGGCAAACAAAUGGGCAACUUAUUCGCAAAUGGGACAGCAGUCCAAGACACAACACUGGCAGUCCAGAUCAUGGCGGAAGUAGCAAAGUUUAACUACGCGGAGGUCGUAUCAUUUAUGACAGAGUGUACCAGGGUGGCCCAAGUGAAUAAUAUGAAAUACCUGCCAGAUACCUCCAUUCGUGCUUUGUUGUUUGAAACAAUCUUCCAAAUAAUCAUUGUAAAUCUGCGAACUCUCCAGGACUACAUAUGGUUUACCGACAACUGUAAAAUUGCGUUUAUUUCCAUUUCCACCAAGGAAAUCGCACAAUUACCGAUAAACAUGGACUGUGAAAGCCAAAGAUAUAUGGUAAUGCUGUUCAGUGAGGUAUAUGGUGAUCUGGAUGAUGAUCAAAAAACAGCCGUGUAUAACCAGAUACAUUCCUAUAAUUUAAACAGAAUAGCAUUAACAGGAGCUUCUUGCGGAACAGUUGCUGGAACCAGCGCUGCAUGGAUUUUGGAGUAUUACGGCCCUUAUAUAGUGUAUGCUACAUAUGAUGAAUUACUGGCAGCAAACCCCAACUUCAACCCGGUAAAGAACCCAACGUAA